CCAAGCUUUUAUCUUAACUUUACUUUUUAUUGUCUAAACUUAAAUAAAUCGUGCAUUUUACUCGUUUUUGGCAAACUCCAUUGGCUAAGCUGCACUCAGAUGUUAUUUAUCAGAAUCUUUUUGGCAACGUGUGGGUGAAAACUAUCUGCAAUGUGCUUUUAUUCUAUCAACCACACUCUAUUCGCCCUCAUAGCCUCCUCAUAACACGCACAAACAUAUUAUUUUGCAUUACCGGGGCGCGCUUCUCUCUCUGCAUGCUGUAUUGUUCCGCACCCGCUUCGCGUUUUUGCCGCAUAGCUCGUUAACCUCCCAGUGACCCCGUUUCGGAUGAGUGUCAAUGCCUUUGUUACACCAGAGGAUGGCGCACUGUGAUAACCCAAAACUUUCCGAUGCUCUGUCUGAGUUGGGCUCGAUCGUGAACGCGCGUCCCGACUCCUCCACCCCUCCCACCCCCGUGCGCGAGUUUACCUCUGGAGGUCACCGAGCAGGAUUUACGACUGGUCAACAAAAGCACGUGACUCUCCGCUGUAGCCCCAUAUUUGGGUGCCUACGUAGCAGCGAAGAAUCAAGUCCAUGUCCCACUCAUUUCCAUAAUUCAUCAUAAAUUGUGCUGCUGAGAGGCUGCUAUAGGGCGCGCUAAAGCACAAGAGCCACAAAUCACUUCCGAAAGCGCGCGUCUUUAUGCGGCUUUACCUGAAAUAAACGAUUAAAGACGAAAGGAAAGCAAAGGUGGAAUUGUCAACAAAUGAGCUCCUAUUUUGUGAACUCAUUUUGCGGACGCUACCCCAACGGCGCGGACUUCCAGUUACAUAAUUAUGGAGAGAGCGGAGAGUACAGGGACACGACGGGGAUGCACUCCGCCAGGUACGGCUAUGGCUACAACGGGAUGGACCUGAGCGUGGCACGGGGGAAUGGCGGUGGGCACUUCAGCGAACGUACCCACGACUACUCCCCGGGUCCCUCUUCCUCGACCCCCUCCAUAGACCCCGGCAGGUACGCGCAAAACAGCAACUCCUCUGCUCCAACGGCGAACAACACCUCCCCGCUGCCCCUGUCCUCUCCGCCGCCCCCGCAGCAACCCGAGCCACUGCCCUGCGCUGCUUCCGUGUCCCAGGCCAGCGACGCGCGGCCGGGGAAGAGUGCGAGCAUGGGCAGCCCUUCGCACGGGGCAGGGACAGCGACAGGAGGGAGCAUGAUGUUGAACCGGGACUGUAGCGUGGCCAAAGCGGCAGCAGUGGCGAACUUGGAAGAGGAGAAGCCUUCGGGGAGCGCGCCGAGUACCCCUCAAAAUGUGAGCGACAACACGCAGCCCCAGAUCUACCCAUGGAUGCGGAAGCUGCACAUAAGCCACGACCUGUCAGGUCCAGACGGUAAACGGGCUAGGACAGCCUACACACGCUACCAGACCCUGGAGCUGGAGAAGGAGUUUCAUUUCAACCGGUACCUGACGCGCAGGAGACGGAUUGAGAUCGCCCACGCGCUGUGCCUCUCCGAGAGACAGAUCAAAAUCUGGUUCCAGAACCGGAGAAUGAAGUGGAAGAAGGACAACAAGCUGAAGAGCAUGAGCAUGGCGGCGGCGGGAGCGGGCUACAGGCCUUAGAACUCUCCCUAAACUCCCCCAAACUCCCAAACCCUCACGGAGGAGGUCUAAGUGUCAUCUGAGAAUCUGAUUAUUGGUCCAAACCAGACUGUGAAACGUUUGCGCCAUUUUCAUUUCAACAGUGUUUGAUUUGUGCUCAAAUGUGUUGUCCUUCCGUCUGUUUAAAUAGACUUGAAACGUAAAAUUAACAACAAAAUAAAAUGCCAUGUGUCAUGUUGUCUAAGUCCACGAAACUAUAGUGGAAAACGGACUCUUACUGUAAUCUGCAUAUUAUUGUUAAUGUAUUAUUUUGUUCAUGUCUAAAUAUUUGUCAAUUUCUAUUACUUUUUUGUUGACUUAAGACCUGUUGUCUUGUUUUUGUAAAUAUAGUUGUCAUAAGUUGGUCCAAAAGAAAGUCCCGGUGCGGACUACUAAACGAGCAGAAGCUCUUUAGGUUUUUAAUGUACAAUGUGUAUCUAUACACUCUUUCUGAUGCUCUUGUUGUUUUUUUGUCCCUCAAAAGCCCAUAAGAUAUUUUAAUCUUGGCUAUUUCUGUUUCUAAAGGCCUAUACUUAAAUGGUGCUCCGGUCUGCGCCCACUCUCAUUUUUUAUGCCCAUAUUCUUACAUUUUUUUGUGCUUUUCAGAAAGC